GUGUAUAUGCUGUAAGAUAAAUUGAGUGAGUAACGCUAACUGUGUAUGUGGAGAGUUUUGGUGGUACUAGAAUAACGAGGUGGUGGCAAUAAGCACAGAAGUGUUCAGGGGAGUUAAAAGCGAAUAUCGAGGGUGAACGGUCGCGAGUCCUGAUUAGACGAAGCAAGCCGGUAACGAGAAAACCUACAAUUUGGCACAGUCGGUAGGAUCAAUGAUGAAUGGCGAUGAAGGACAACGUUGGGCGUUGGCAGCGUUCAACGCUACAGUGGAUGCACAAGAUCUAAGAAGAGAGUGGGAGGAAUGGCACAGAUCCUUCGAGCUAUUAAUUGAAAUGAAGAACAUUCAAUCCCAACACGAGAGGUUGGUCACAAUGUUGACAUACGGUGGCAGAGGAUUGCAACGUAUCUUUUAUAACCUGAAACCUGUCCCAGAGGAAGUUAAUUUUGAACCAGUGAAAAUACCUUUGAUGCCACCAGAGUUCCCGGAAUAUGACAAUGCGGUCAAGAGACUCAACAAAUUUUUUGUGGGCAAACGAAAUGAUCGUGUGGAACUCGAAGUUUUUCGUUCCUUGAAGCAAACGGGAGACGAAUCGUUCAACCAAUUCGUGCUCAGAUUGCGUGCACAAGCAGCCCGAUGCGAGUUUGGAGAACAUGAAGAAAAGGAAAUUCUGCAUCAAAUUACUAUGGGUGCCCGAGAUGAGCGAGUUCGGGAUAAAGGUCUGGAGAGUGUCAUGGACCUUGAUGAUUUGACCGGAUAUGCGAUUAAUAGAGAGAUUCUGAUGCAGCAGAGGGAGAAGACUAGAUCGUUUAAACAAGAGGAAACAAUAGCAUCAGUGAAACAAAAAUGGAAUCCCCGAUCAAUGAACCGUCAAAAUUUCCCGAAUAAUUUGAAGUAUGGAGAACGGGCAGCAGGCAACCGCUCGAAUAUUGAAUGUAUCCGCUGUGGAUCGUGGAAGCACGAUGGCAAUUAUUCUCGUUGCCCAGCUCUGGGAUCAAGAUGUCAUCAAUGCGGUCAAACUGGCCAUUUCGCUCGGAAAUGUAAGAAUGCUGUACAACGUAGAACUGCUUGGAAACGUCCAUCGCGAGAGACUAAUGCUGUAUCGGACACAGAUGAUUGGAAGGAUGAAAUGCCGCGCCGCCCAAAACCGGAGGAUAUUUCAGAGGUAAACAAAGUAAACCCGGAAUUAAAGGAUGGAUUGAUUUUGUGCAUGGUCGAUAAUUUGCCAAUUGAGUUUUUAAUUGAUUCGGGCUCAGCGAUUAACACUGUUACUGAGGACAUUUGGCAAAAGCUUGUUGAAGUAGAAGCUAAAGUUUACAAUAUCAAGUCGCAUUGCGACCGCAACUUCACUGCAUAUGCAAGCAGUGGCUCCUUAUGCGUCCGAGCUAGUUUCGAAGCCAACAUAACGGUGAACUCGUCAAAACCACAAAGCUACGCCGAGUUCUUCGUGAUAAAAGGAGCGACCAAAUCGUUAUUAAGUAAAAGAACCUCUGAAGAACUUCGAGUUCUGAAAGUAGGGCUUGACGUUAACCACAUUGAAACCGAAGUGGACCCCUUCCCGAAGUUUCCGAAUGUACAAGUAAAACUAUCCAUUGACAAAAGCGUUACACCAAGGCUAAUCUCCUAUUUGAGAGUCCCAGUAGCAAUGGAGAAAAAAGUUGACGAUAAAAUUCUGGAAAUGCUGCGCACGGAUGUAAUCGAGAAAGUUAAAGGACCACCGGAAUGGAUUUCACCGAUGGUGGUUGUCCCGAAAGGCAAGGACGAUGUUCGUCUAUGCAUCAACAUGAAGUAUCCAAAUGCAGCCAUUCAACGUGAGCAUUACCCGCUGCCGGUAAUUGAUACUUUUCUGAACAAAUUGAGGGGAUCGAAAUUCUUUUCAAGACUGGAUAUAACAUCCGCCUUCCACCACAUCGAAUUACACCCCGAGUCAAGAGGUGUAACCACGUUCAUGACAUCGAGAGGACUGAUGCAAUUCAAGAGACUGAAUUUCGGAAUAACCUGCGCACCCGAGAUUUUCCAGCGCGUCAUGACAGAUAUGCUGGCAGGUAUAGACGGUGUUAUCAUUUACAUCGAUGAUGUUGUAGUGGCGGACAAGACUCUGGAAGAGCACGACGAACGACUGCAGACCGUGCUAUCGGUUUUGGAGCGUAACAAUGCCUUACUAAACCAGAGCAAGUGUGUUUUCCGUGUACAAGAACUUGAAAUACUGGGUUUCAAGGUAAAUGCGGAAGGUAUCCGCCCCUCAGAUGAGAGGACUCUAGCAAUCAAGAACUUUCGGAGGCCAGAAACUAGGGAAGAAGCCCGCAGUUUCCUGGGACUGAUCAAUUUUGUCGGUCAUUUCAUCCCACGGCUAUCAACAAGAACUGAGCCUCUGAGACAGUUUAUCCGGGGUGAGGUUGAUGUAUUUGGAAAAGACCAAGAGAAAGCUUUUGAAGACUUACGAAUGGAAUUAGCGAACAAUGUGCGGAGACUGGGUUUCUUCGAUCCUGCUGACUGCACAGAACUCUAUGUCGACGCCUCUCCUGUUGGACUCGGGGCGGUGCUUGUCCAGAGGGAUGGUACCGAAACGGCACGAAUUGUUAGCUUUGCUUCGAAGGGCUUAACUCCUUCAGAAAGAGCCUAUCCACAAACCCAGCGUGAAGCACUCGCUGUCGUAUGGGCGGUUGAAAAAUUUUAUUUUUAUUUGUUUGGGUUGCACUUUACGAUCUUUACUGACCACAAAACCCUGGAGUAUAUAUACGGAGGGAAGCAUCAGACGGGACGUCGGGCUUGUUCAAGAGCAGAAAGUUGGGCCCUACGGUUGCAACCAUAUGAUUUUGAAAUGAAAUAUCUCCCUGGAACCUCAAACAUCUCGGAUAUAUUGUCACGGCUCAUCACCCAGCAAGACCCUGCAUUUGAUGACACUACUGACCAUUUUUUAUUUGCAGUGGGAGAAGGACCAACAGCGAUAUCGCUGACUGAGAUCAAAUCUGAAACCGGCAAAGAUGAAACUCUCUUAGCCGUUAUCAAAGCACUGCGUUCUGAUGAAUGGCCUGUGGAAUUAUACCGUUAUCAAGCUUUUAGAAGGGAACUAGGAAUCGUUGACGGAAUGGUGAUUCGGGAUGAAAGACUUGUUCUACCAGUGAAGCUCAGAGCAAGAGCGCUUGAAAUAGCUCAUAGAGGUCACCCAGGAGUGGUUUCUAUGCGCCGCAGCCUUAGAGAACGAGUGUGGUGGCCAUGCAUGGAUAACGAUGUCACAAAGAAAAUCCAGCAAUGCCACGGAUGCGCAGUAGUCAGUAGACAAAAUCCACCAGAGCCAAUGAUGCGGAAAGAAAUGCCAGAACGAGCAUGGCAGCAAAUCGCAAUUGAUUUCUUUUCAGCUAAGGAGUGCGCCACAUUCUUAGUGAUUGUUGAUUAUUAUAGUCGAUUUCUAAAAGUAAUUGAGAUGAAGGGAACAACUGCAUCAAAAACAAUAGAGGCACUCGAAAGCGUAUUUAUUGAACAAACCUAUCCCGAGUCAAUCCGCAGCGACAACGGCCCACCAUUUACGAGCGAUGAGUUUAACAACUACUGUUUGAGUAAGAACAUAAGGCUCAUUCAUACUAUUCCUUACUGGCCGCAGAUGAAUGGAAUGGUGGAGCGGCAAAAUCAAGGGAUUUUGAGAGCUUUGCGGAUCGCCAAGGCAACUGGAGAAGAUUGGCGCAAAGCUGUUCAGGAGUAUGUCUAUAGGUACAAUAUUACCCCGCAUUCUGUUACAGAAAAAGCUCCAAUGGAAAUUCUAACAGGACGUCCGGUGAAAGACCUACUUCCAUCGUUAAAAACAGAACCAGGAUCCCACCGUGAUGAAAGUGUACGCGAGUCCGACGCUAUCAAGAAAAUCAAGGGGAAGUUGUAUGCAGACAAACAGCGACAGGCAAAACCAUCGAAUAUUGAAGUUGGUGACUCCGUUAUGCUGAAAAACUAUGAAUGUGGAAAAUUAGAAACAGCAUUUCGGUUGGAGCGCUUCACAGUUGUUAAACGUUCUGGAAGUGAUGUGAUUGUUGAGAAUGAAGAGGGUUUACGGUAUCGCAGAUGUGUCACUCAUUUGAGAAAAUGGCCUGAAACAGCAGAGCGAGCUUUGGAUCCGGCAGAACCUGAAAGUAUUGUACCCGAAGAAGCUAAUUCCUCAACUACAAAAGAAAUAAAACAAACGAAGCGUAAUCUUGACGCAACAGGAGCAGAGGAAUCUUCAUCUAAGCGUCCAACUAGAACAGUAAAAAUUCCAGCUCGUUAUAAUUCAUAG